GAGUCGGGGGGGGCUGCUACUACUAUUUGGAAAAAAAUAAAAUAAAAACACUUGGGAAAUUCAGCGCUGGAAAGCCCCGUCUGAGAAACCAGAGACCCUGCAAAAGAUCCUUCAGUCCAAGGGCACUCGGAAAGCCCCAGGCUGAGGCUCCUAUAAUAGAACCCCAAUUAAAAUUCUUCGCUGAGUUCCGAGACAGAAACCCCUCUCGGAGGCAGGCGCACAAGCUAAGCACCCCUCGUCAGAAUUCUCCCCUUCCCCUGCUCAGCCCGCACCACGGCAUCCUUCCCAGGACUUCUCUUCCACCUCCUUCCUGCUGGGCUCGGGGAGUGGGUGCAACCAAGAACGGAAAGAAACAUAGGGCAGCCCGUUCUCGCCUGGGAGACAGAGGGCGCCUCUGUCCACUUCUGGCCCCUUGCCCUUCGCGGUGUCAUUUGUGAAGGGGUGGAGCCGGUGGGGAGGAGGGUCGGCCGGGAAGGACAGCUAAAGACAGGUCUCCCCACACCGCUCCAGGUGCCACAUUUGCAGCUUGCCUGUCUGUCUGUCGAGAACCUUCUCCCACUUCAGGCCCAGGCCAACCGUGUGCUGCUGAAAUGGGCUCUGAGCUGGAGACUGCCAUGGAGACCCUCAUCAACGUGUUCCAUGCCCAUUCUGGCAAGGAGGGGGACAAAUAUAAGCUGAGCAAGAAGGAGCUGAAAGACCUGCUACAAACCGAACUCUCCGGCUUCCUGGAUGUCCAGAAGGAUGCAGAUGCUGUGGACAAGGUAAUGAAGGAACUGGAUGAAAAUGGAGAUGGGGAGGUGGACUUCCAGGAGUAUGUCGUGCUGGUGGCUGCGCUCACGGUGGCUUGUAACAACUUCUUCUGGGAGAACAGUUGAGCACUUGGGGCUAACUGGCAGUGCCCUUCCACUUGCCCUUAUAAGACUUCCCCUUUAUCCUGCUUUCUUUCUCCUUACCCCACCUAUACCUCAUGUCCCCAUCCUUGCUCAGUCUCCUACCAAGGGUACCAGAGUGGUGGCCCAGGUCUGUCACUCACUCUAAUAAAGUCUUCCCUCACUAACUGUCAA